UCGAGGCGGCGGGCGGCAAGUAUUCGGGUCCUGAGGAGAAAGAAGGAGACCCAAAAUGGCACCGAAGAGGCGGCUGCGGAGUAGCGGCGGGCAGAAUCCCCCGUCGAAGGUCUUCAUCAUGGAUGAAACAGUAGCUGAAUAUAUUAGAAGAACAGUGCUGCGAAUUCCACGUUCAGAAACAUCAAAAAUGCUGGCUACAUGGGGGUUUCUGUCUGAGACUCAGCUUCAGUCUUUAAAUGUUCAUCGGAUAAAGGAAAAAGUGUCUGAAGCAGUUGUUGAACUUUGUGAGAAGAACCAUGCAACUAUCAAAGAUGCGGCACAGUUAGACAUAAUUUACAACUACACCUAUCAAGACAAAAAGAUCUGGACUGUUUACCAAAUGACUAGAGAAGGUAAUGAAGAUUCGGUCAUUUUUAACUGGACAAAUUUCAAAAGGCAGUUUAAAUACACUCUGCUAUCAGUUCUGAAAAAUGCAACUAUCAGCUUUAAAGAAUGUGAAGACAAUGCAGUAUGGAUUCGAAUUGCAUGGGGAACACAGUAUACAAGGCCUAAUCAAUACAAGCCAACCUAUGUCGUUUACCAUUCACAAACUCCUUAUGUCUUUAUAGCCAAUUCUAAGUUUAGGAGUAAUGUAUCCUUGCUUUUUCAGGCUCUGUUGGCUGCUGCCAGUUACAAAAACAUCCAUGAAAUGGACCUCCGAAGCCGUUGUUUAGACUCUCUUAAAGUUAUUUUAUUUAAAGGAUAUUGCCAGAACUUUCAGACUUAUCUCCCUCGACCUAUACAAGAAAAAAACAGUGUUCUGGAAAAUGUUGAUCCAAGGAUAAUUCUGGAAGACAAACAUGAAAAGGACAGAAUUCAGAGAGUUAAUCGGGAAGCUUUUGGUGAUGGUCCUCAGCCAAAGCUAGAAUUUGCACAAUACAAGCUUGAAACAGUAUUUAAAAGUGAAGAAGAAAACAGCAUCUUGAAUACUAAUGAGCCAUUUAGAUGUAUGAUCAAAUUUUCUAGUCCUCAUCUACUAGAAGCACUUAGGUCCCUAGGACCUUCCGGAAUAGCAGAUGCUCCUCUUUCACCAUUACUCACCUGCAUCACCCAAAAAGCCAGGAAUUAUUUUAAAAUCAGAGAGAGAAAAGAUGUUUUUUCACAAAGCUGUGCAGACCAGUGAUACCCUUAAGGUAAAUUAAAGAACAAACAUUUCUUUCCCUGUUGUUUCAUUUUGCUGAGAAGGAUGUGGAGUCACCCUCUCCCAAGCUUCCUACAUCUUCAUAUUACUGUAUGGUUUGCAGAAAGUUAGAGUUUAUAACUUGGAGGGGCCUGUCGACAAGAUACUCCCUGUGUUAUAACUAGUAGCUUUUCAUAGACAUGUCACAUUCUUCUGAAGCCAACCAUACAAAAAAGAUUUUAGAAAUCGAACGAUUCAUAGUAUUAUCUGGGAGAUUUCAUAAAACAAUUAUCGGUGUGGAGGUUUGUGUAUUCCUAGAAUGUAAUUAAUAAAAGUGGCACAGAAAAUGACAAUUUGAUUUUAAAUAUUUUAGUUAACUGAUGCAUGUGAAAUAAAUAAGCCUAUUGAUUACAUUGUAAUAACUGCAUGUAAUUUUCAGACAAGAGUAGAUAAUAAAGCUAUUCAAGAUGACAGCACUCUAUGCUGGAGUCAGCCUCUUACAAAAUAAGACUAUCCCAAGGAAAUCCAUAAGCAAAGCGAGUGGACAGGAGGAGGAGGAGGAAUCUUUUCAUCCAUCCUUUACUAAUCCCUCACUUCACCCUGACUUGUUGAACAUAAAUUUACUUUCCAUACUAGUUUGAAAGGUGAGCAUUCUAUGUGACAUUAAGGAGAAGGCACUUGCCCUUUUUCAUGGCCAGCAUCAAUAUGCAGGCCGAUAUGUUUAAAAAAAUGUCUGGGUUUCUCUAGUAGGCUUAUUUAUAUGCCAGUGCAGAUGCUACCAGUGUACAAUCAAUAUUGUCUAAUUAAAAUGAAAUACUAACCUAGUUAUAUAAUCCAAUUAUGUUAACUAUUCGUUUUGGAGAAGUUGCUGUGAAGACAGUUGGAAUGCACUCUGUAAAAACGUUGCUGGUAGAUAUUCAAUUAUACUAAACUGAAUUUUAAACUGAAAUUUUAGUGAAACGUGUAUAUUUUUAAAUUGUAUUGCCUUAUAUGUACUUGGAUAUCCAUGACAAAAAGGGAAUACAUGUUAGCUGUGUAUUGCAGAAUGUCAGGGUUCUGACAAUGUAGACAGCUAUUUUAAGAAGUUUUUAAUUGUCACACCUUUGUAAAUAUAA